CGCUUCAUGUCAGAGGGAAGAGCAGAGAGUGAUUAAGUUUACCCGGCGUGAGGAGCGAUCACCCUCUCACCCUCUCACCCUCUCACUCAGAGAUAAAGCAAUCACACCAUUUCAGCUCAUCAGUCCUGUGAAGUCCCGCUUUAAAGGGCGAUAUUUGGGUCACCGAAGCCAAAACCAGCAUCAACCCGCGUGUGAAGUUCGUCGUUUCCUCCGUGACCGCCUGUGAGCCCUUAACCAUGUCCACAGCAGGUGUGAUGGACCCCUCGGGAGACGUCCUGCAGUCGUGUGGGACGGGAGACAGUAUCGCCUCUCUGGACGACCCCACUGUGGAGCCCACAGUCAAUGAGUCAUCGGAGGAGGAAACGGCCUGCGAGAGAGAGGAGGAGAGCCCGGCCGCCCAGCGCAGCACAGACAUGCAGUCAGCCAGUGCCCAACGUCCAGCCUCUCUGUCUCUGCCUGUGUCGGAGUCGGCGCUGUGGACGGUGCAAAGGGAAGGCGAGGUCAAGCUGAGGAUGGGCGAUUCGGGUCCGGCAGCUGUGCCUCCGGUCACCGUGCACCAGGCCUUCACCCGGACCGUGAAGCAAUUCGGCAGCUACAUGGCGCUCGGCUGGAAGGACGGAGAGCAUUGGAAAAAAUACAGCUACACCGAGUACUACCAGGCCUGCCGCACCGCCGCCAAGAGCUUCCUCAAACUUGGUCUGGAGCGCUUCCAUGGAGUCGGCAUCCUGGGCUUCAACUCCCCUGAGUGGUUCAUCGCUGACAUUGGAGCCAUUUUUGCUGGUGGGUUUGCCGUAGGAAUCUACACCACCAACUCUCCAGAGGCGUGUCAGUACGUGGCUGAGAACUGCCAGGCCAACGUCCUGGUGGUGGAGAACCACAAGCAGCUGCAGAAAAUCCUGCAGAUCCAAGACAAGCUGCCCCACCUGAAAGCCAUUGUUCAGUACAAAGAUCCACUCAAAGAGAAGAAGCCAAAUCUCUACACGUGGGAGGAGUUUAUGGCGCUGGGCCGCGAUGAGCCGGACACUCAGCUUGAUGGGAUCAUCGCAUCCCAGAAACCCAAUCAGUGCUGCACGCUCAUCUAUACGUCUGGAACCACCGGGCAGCCCAAGGGAGUCAUGCUCAGCCAUGACAACUUGACAUGGACAGCAUUUGCGACUGCUGGUCACAUUGGUCUGUCCGAAGCUGACCAGUCUCAGGAGGUGGUGAUCAGUUACCUGCCUCUCAGUCACAUCGCCGCUCAGAUGAUUGACAUCUGGAUCACCAUGAGAGUGGGCGGAGCUACAUACUUUGCCCAGCCUGACGCCCUGAAGGGCUCUCUGGCAAACACCCUGCGUGAAGUUCGUCCCACUGCGUUUAUGGGCGUCCCCCGGGUGUGGGAGAAGAUGCAGGAGAAGAUGAAGGCCAUCGGAGCCAAAUCUUCCACCGUGCGGCGGAAAGUUGCCUCAUGGGCCAAAGACGUGGGUCUGCACACCAACCUCAACAAAAUGGAGCAAUAUGGCUCCGUGUCCCGAAAUCCGCUGAACUACCGGCUGGCGAAGCGUUUGGUGUUCCGGAAGGUGCGCAAGGCUCUGGGCCUGGAUCGCUGCCGACAGUGCUUCACCGGAGCCGCUCCCAUCACCAAGGAAACGCUGGAGUUCUUCCUCAGCCUGGAUAUCCCAUUGUACGAACUGUACGGCAUGAGCGAGAGCUCUGGACCACACACCAUCUCAAUGCCCGAAGCUUUUAGACUGACCAGCUGUGGGAAGGUGAUGACAGGCUGCCAGACGAAGAUCUUCAGUCCAGACGAGGAGGGGAACGGAGAGAUCUGCUUCUGGGGACGCCACAUCUUCAUGGGCUACCUGAACAUGCCGGAGAAAACGGACGAGGCCCUGGACGCAGACGGCUGGCUGCGCUCCGGAGAUCUGGGCAAACACGACGAGAACGAUUUCCUCUUCAUCACAGGGCGCAUCAAAGAGUUGAUCAUCACUGCUGGAGGGGAGAACAUCCCGCCGGUGCUUAUAGAGGAUGCCGUGAAGGCAGCUGUGCCCCUCAUCAGUAACGCCAUGCUGAUCGGAGACAAGAGGAAAUUCCUCUCGAUGCUGCUGACCAUAAAGUGCCAGGUGAAUGCUGAUACAGGUGCUCCGGAGGAUGAACUGACCCCAGAUGCGUUGGAGUUUUGUCAGAAGUUGGGCAGCACCUCCACGCGGGUCUCAGAAAUCGCCGGUGGCAGGGACCGCCUCAUCCACACCGCCAUCCAGGAGGGCAUCAACAGCGUGAACGAGAAGGCCACCUCCAAUGCCCAGCGCAUCCAAAAAUUCACCGUGCUGGAGCAGGACUUCUCCAUCCCUGGAGGAGAGCUUGGCCCCACUAUGAAGCUGAAGAGGCCGGUGGUGACGAAGAUGUAUAAAGAGCAGAUUGAGAACUUCUACAGAGAGGUUAUGACCCCCAACACCCCGGACAACCCUCUGCCUUCUAAAUAAGCUCCGAACAACAGGAGCCGUCAUGCAGUUCAUGAAGCGCAGACAAAGAGACUGACACACCUACGGAGUUCUCACCGCCAGAGAGACCUCCCUUUCUUUCUCUCUCUCUCUCUCUCUCUCUCUCUCUCUCUCUCUCUCUCUCUCUCUCUCUCUCUCUC